UUUCAGCGCGAAUUGUUUGCGAAUUUGUAAAUGUUGUUAUCAUAAAUGUUAGAGGAAAGUAUUUGUGCGAGUCCUCAAAGGGAGCGUAGAUCGGUGCACAAAAAAUGGUUGGCACGACAAAACAGGAGCCACCAAGAGCACGGUGACGCAAAUACUUCCACAACAGAAUCAAAAGAAUUUUGUGUCAGCACAGGCAAAGCAGAAAGAGAAACUUCGCUGUUGAAUAAUCUUUAUUUUGAUACAAAUCUAUCGGAAACGAAUAAAAACCAAAAGUUCAAUUUAAUGGAGUUUAACGUAUUCGAAGAUUUGGAAGAUUUAGCAGCUGCUGAUCAUUUAUGCUCUGCGCAGGCGCAACCGAAAAGCCAAAAACUCAAACAUGCAGCCAACCAAGAGUUUAAAGAUUGCAACAAAUUGCUAGAAGAAGAAACGUUAACAAAAGAUCAACUUGAAGAAUUACUUAAAGAUAAUAAUAAAAUUUCAGGUACAGAAAUAAAUAAUAUACAAGUGAACGUUUCACCACCCACAGAUCAAAAUUUAAAUGAGUUCAAUAAACAGGAACCAGUUAUCACAGAGACGGAACUAUUAUUUUGUUGGGAGCAGGUUGAGGAAGUGGUUUCAAAACUUAAUAAGAGUCAAACAUUGUGUGAACAAACUGUACAAUCACCGAAUUCAACAAAAAAAAAAUCUGUCGUUGAAUUGAUAUUAGAUGAUUUUUGUUCACCACCUAAUAGACAUUCACAAUCCAGUGCCACAAAUGAAAAUAUAGAUAAAACGCCAACAUUUCUACAUAAACGUAAACCUUUCAGCACCUACAGUCGAAAAUCGCUCUUUGUAAAUAAAGGAAAUUCAGCCCAAAAACUUGGGGAUUAUAGUGCAGUGCUAGUACAUUCAGUUGGACCACAUAAUGUUGGUAAAGAUGUACGCGAUGACUGUUCUGGCUCGAUCAUACAAAAGCAGCAGUCAACGUUGGAACCUAUUGAAGCUGUCUCUGUAAAUAUAAAUAAUAAAUAUGAAAAUAGUGCAAUUCUAGUUCGUUCAAUUUCACCACAUAAUGUUGAUGAAGGCGUAAGCAAUGCUUCUUCUAACUUGUCAGUACAAGAGGAACCAGCAUUACAGCCAAUUAAUGCUAAUGCGAUAAAUAUGAAUAAUUCACUUAGAUUAUGUGAGAAUUUACAAAAUUUAAGUACGUUCUUUACACAAGAUUCAGACACACCGACUGAAGUAAAUAACACACCUGCAACGACGCAAGCAGAAAAUUAUUUAACACCAUUGGGAGCUAGACAAGAUUUAGACAUACCGAGUGAAGUACUUUCCACGGCUAUAACGACGCAAGCAGAAAAUUAUUUAACACCUUCAGGAGGUAGACAAAAUUCAGACAUACCUAAUGAAGUACAUUCCACGGCUAUAACGACGCAAGCAGAAAAUUAUUUAACACCUUUGGAAAGUAGACAAGAUUCAAAUAUACCGAGCGAAGUACAUUCUACAGCUACAACGACGCAAGCAGAAAAUUAUUUAACACCUUUGGAAAGUACUUUCUAUACUAAGACUAUGGAAAUAAUGCGUAUAUGGGAAGAAAUUAAGAUUAUUCGACAGCAUAUUGAAGAUAAUCCGCGAUCUUUUGAAUUUGUAGAUCUUAAUGGAUUUGAAGAACGAGGCGGUGAUAUAAAUAAUGAACUCAAAACAGAAAUUUACUUUGGCAUAGCUGGUAGCAGUGAAAAUUUAAAUCAGUUAAGCCCAGUUAAACAAAAUUUGGACACUGCUGAUAAUCUUUUCGAAGAUUGCGAACAUGAAUGGAAUGAUGAUUGUGAGUUUUUUAUUAAUUAUAAAACACAAAAAAACUGUGAUAUAAAUAUAAACGCUGAAAGAGGAAAUAUUUCGAAAAGUGAUACUUUAAAAUCACUCAAUUUAAAAACGAAUAUUGAAGAGGAAAACUCUGUACAGUUGUUAGAGAAUAUUCAAUUCAGUGAAUGGAUAUUUGACGAUCUUGCAGUAUCUGAAACAAAUGUAAUCAACCAAUGUGAUACUAAUAUGGCAAUUAUGUCGGAGGAAAAAUAUCAAGGAUUUUCUACAGCAUCUAACAAAAAUAUAAAUAUAUCAAAAGAAGCUCAGUUGAGAGCACAAAAAAUUCUAAUGGAUUUGCCUGAAUUACCUUUAGAAAAGAUAAAUAAAAGUAAUUUUGAAGUACCAAGUCCUUCUAUAGUCAAUCAAUGUGAUACUAAUGUGAAAGUUAUAGCAGAGGAUAAACAUCAAAGAUUUUCUACAGCAUCAAAUAAGAAUAUAAAUAUAUCAAAAGAAGCUCAGUUGAGAGCACAAAAAAUUCUAAUGGAUUUGCCUGAAUUACCUCUAGAAAAAAUAAGGAAAAGUAAUUUUGAAGCACCUAGUCCUUCUAAAGUCAAUCAAUGUGAUACUAAUAUGAAAGUUAUAGCGAAGGAUAAAUAUCAAGGAUUUUCUACAGCAUCUAAUAAAAAUAUAAAUAUAUCAAAAGAAGCUCAGUUAAGAGCACAAAAGAUACUAAUGGAUUUGCCUGAAUUACCUUUAGAAAAAAUAAAGAAAAGUCAUUUUGAAGCACCGAGUCCCCUUAUAAAUAAUCAAUGUCAUACGAAUAUGAAAGUUAUAGCGGAGGAUAAAUAUCAAGGAUUUUCUACGGCAUCAAAUAAAAAUAUAAAUAUAUCAAAAGAAGCUCAGUUGAGAGCACAAAAGAUUCUUAUGGAUUUGCCUGAAUUACCUUUAGAAAAGAUAAAGAAAAGUCAUUUUGAAGCACCUAGUCUCCCUAUAAAUAAUCAAUGUCAUACGAAUAUGAAAGUUAUAGCGGAGGAUAAAUAUCAAGGAUUUUCUACAGCAUCAAAUAAGAAUAUAAAUAUAUCAAAAGAAGCUCAGUUGAGAGCACAAAAGAUUCUUAUGGAUUUGCCUGAAUUACCUUCAGAAAAGUUAAUGAAAAAUUCUUUUGAAGUAGUUAGUACUCUUGAAACCGCAGCAACUUCGACAGAUACAAAGUUAUUUCCGUUAAAGACUAACAAUAAUACAUCAUUAGAUGUACAACCAGGACUUUCAAAUGCCUCAACAUUAAAUAAAUAUUUAUCUAAUAAUGCUGAUGAUUUCCCUGAUCUUUUAAAUACAUACACUGAAAAUCGAUUAACAAUUCCAAAUAGUAACGCAGAUUUUGUAAAUACUAAUAUUGGAUUCCAAACAGCAUCAAAAAAGUCUAUUGCGAUUUCUGAAAAAGCACAAGUAAUAGCAAGUAAAAUUUUAGCCGAACUUCCUGACAUACCAUUUACUAAAGAAACAGUGAAAGAACAGUCAGAGUGUGUGAGUUCAAGAAGUAUAGCUUCAAAAAGUAAAAUUAAUGGUAGCCUAUGUGAUAUGAACAUAAACUAUGAUAAUAUGGUCUCAAAGGAAAAUGUUGGCUUUCAAACAGCUUCUAAAAAGAAUAUAGAAAUUUCUAAAGAAGCACGAGAUAGAGCAAAUAAGAUUCUAGCUGAAUUACCAGAUUUACCUUAUACAGUCAAAGGGACGCAAAACAUAAACGAAAUAAAUAAUGAAAUAAAACAUGAAUCCAGUGAUGUUAUAAAUGAACCAGUCAUUAUUACUACGAAUACCUCUACUGCCAAAAAUACUAACAUGUCAUCGAAAGGGAAUAUUGUUUUUCAAAGUGCAACAAAUGAACCUAUAACAAUUUCUAAAGAAGCACCAGCUGGAACGAAUAAAAUUUUGUUGGAAUUGCCUGAUAUAUCAUAUAAUGAUACACAACUGAGGAGUACAAAUAAAAUAGACUGUGAAAAUUAUAUAGACAUCGAGCAAAAUUUAAAUAAUAUCACAAAAGAGAGCAUGUCUUCUAAAGAGCUUAUAAGUUUUGUUUUUGGUUCAGAACCAAAAACAAAUAAAAAUAAAAUAAUUCAAAAUUUGGACACUGUUGAGAAAAAUGAUAGUUUGAUCCUUGACAAAACGAAAUCUACAACCACACGGUUGGGUAAGACAAUAACUGAUGUUAAUACUUCCAAAACCACAGUAAUUUUGGAUGAAGUCGAAUCAGCAGUAGAAACAAUUAUUCAACGAAAACGUGAGAUGGAAUGUGUUGAAGGAACACCUCCUCAACUAGUUCGAAAAAAAACCAAAACUCCAAAUACGCGAAGUGGCAACAAAAAAUUAAAAUCAAACUUAAGUGAUUUAGCAGUUCGUUCACCCUUAGAUUCCAGUCAAUUCUCCUCAAUUAUAACCAGAAAAAAUUUACUCUCCUUGAGUAGAAAACGAAAACGAAAUGCUAAGUCUGUUGUAAACGAUGCCGAAAAGGGUGAUGUAUUUGAAACACCUAAUAAAAAACAAAAUAUGAUGAAUGUAGGUUUAAAUACGCCAGGUACACCUAAUCUACAGGAGUUUUAUAAUUCAAUAUCAGGUAAUGCAAGUACACCACUUAAUAAAAUUAAAAACGAUACCACAACAACCAGUAAGAAUGUUAAUAUUCAUAAAGAUAUUGACUUAGCUGAUGAUAUGCAAGUUAUACAUUGGGAUAAUUGCAAUGAUGAAACUUUAAAUAAGUCACAAUCUUUUGGUAAAACCACAAAACUGACAAAUACAUCACUUAGUAAUGUAAGCUCUAUGGAAGCGAAUCCAACGCCACAACAACGUAUUGAACGUUUGAAUAUGUAUGGCAAAGCAACAACGGUUUCGCCAAUUGCAAUGAAUUCUGUUCAUAAUUGCAGACCUUCCGGCCUAAGACGGAAUCCAACAAAAACGACACAAUUUAAUAUGUAAUUAGCUAAUUAGUUUGUAUUAAAUAUAAUUUAAAGUAUUUGAUUAAUUUUUUAAAGUUUAUUUACUGUUGAGAUUGCUUAAAUAUAAGAUGUUAAAUAUUUUUUCUUCCAUAAAUUUAGUAAAUGAUCAGUUUUUUUUUCAUAACUUUGACAUGUUUCC